AGCUCGCGUGUUUGUGGGGUAUUUAAAACUGAUAAGAUAUGACAGUGGACAAAAUUAAUCCAAAAGUAUUUAGUCAACAAUAACAAAGGAAAGUGAUUACACCGCGGCGUGUACUGAUCAGAUGCAGUAGAGCAAUAGAUGUGAUAGUUAAGAUGUGUCGUGCUGUGGUUCUAGUUUGUGGGCUGGCCAGUCUAAUAUGGCUAAGCAGUGCAACAAUAUCCAAUGUUGUAAGCAGAGUAGAUGAGUCUCAUAUACGUAACACUCUUGAAAACUUUCGUCGAAGGAUGUGCUACCACGAUCCCAAUGGUCUUUCACAAUUAGAACCCUUAGCUCUAAAGGAAGACGUGCCAUUAGAGGUUAAUAAUGACAUUGGCAAAUUAAAAGGAUACAUUCGCAACGUCCACAUAAGUGGACUCUCCAAUUUUGAUGUCGACGAUGUUAAAUUCCACGUAGCUGGUUUCGAGUUCACAUUGAAUAUAUCCCUCCCAAAAGUGGUGGUUUCUGGGGAAUAUGCGUCGAAAGGACAUAUUGGAGAACUAUUCAAUUUGGAUAGUGAAGAUAAAUUUGAGUUCGAGCUACAUGGAGUACGUUUAAACACUAAAGGCGGCUUUGUCUUUAACAAUGAGAAAUGGGCUUUGGACAUCGUUAACUUGAAACCUUCCAUACAAAAUAUGGUGUCAAAAUUUCAGGGAUUAGCGCAAGAUGAUGAGGCGAAUGAAUUUUUGAAUGAAGUAGUUUCCGAAUUAACACCAAAGCAUCUCGAAAAAUACGUAUCCUCAGAGUUUUUGGAAUAUAUAAUGAGAGGAAUUGAAAAGGUUGGUUCGGAUUAUUUCAAAAGUGAAACAGCUUUAGGCUUAGUCGACCUAAUUACUGGUGAAACAUCAUUAUUCCCACCAAUUCAAGAAGAGAAGGCUUGUAGGAUUAAGUGAUUGUUGCUCGUGAAGUUAUUUUAUUCUUGUUUUUUGAUUAGGUUUCAAUAAAUUAAU